AUGUUCUUGGGCCGAAUGUCGUUAGGGUGGAAGAGACAGAAGCAAUGUUGGGCUGAGCUUGAGCCUCGUCAACAUGGUGACCGAACGUCCUCCCCUAAAAACAUCAAUGAACGACCUGUACUACGCGCACCAUCCGUACUUCAACUUCGUCCUACACAAUCUGUGCCAUCAAUUGCAGUAGAGAAAGAUGUGUCCGUCAGGAAUCCUUAUACUUCGAGGCGAUGUAGCUCCGAUCCAUCUGAUGGCACUCCUCUCACUCAUCACUUCCAGCUUCCGGAGAUCCGGCGCAUCUCAGAAUUAAUGGAUGGGAGCCAGUCUCAAGAUUCAUCGAUAGCUGACUCCGUGCGUGCUUGCGAACACGGGGAUCUCAUAGUCACUCACGAUCACUUUGACGACACUCCAGAUGGCCCAUAUACAGCACGACAACAGCAGAAUCAGUGGAAGAAUCAGCAUUGGCGACACAAGGAUACUAGUUUUCUAUCCCCACCCGCUACCUUCUUGCCAAUGAAGUCUACUCCGUCAAGCCAGAUUGUUCCAGAGAGUGACUACUUUGGGAAAGUUCAUAUUGGUGGACGCACGACGGAUGGGAAAGAGGAUCAUAGGACUACUGCAACAGAAGAUGGCGGUACACGCUCUACAAUGAAUGACAGUAUUAAGGCUCAACCUUCUAUAAAAGAGUCGGGCGACAGUGACGGACUGAACCAAAAGAAGCCGAGAGGCGUCAAUGAAUCAUCGAUGCAGGGAUGUGAGUUUGGAAGGCCGUCUCGGGGUAGAACAAGAGAAGAACUUGAUCAUUAUUCUGCUAAGAUAGGUUGGUAA